AUAGCCUAAAUUUUUAUGUGUUUUAUUAAAAAAUUUUAUGAUGAUAUUUUGUGGUUAAUUCUAUUUUAGCUAAAACUUGCUUUGCUUUGAAUGCAGAGAUUUUAUUCGAAAUCGAUAUUGAUUGUGGAUAAUCAUAAUCUGGCAACACAAAUCAGGCGCAUUCCAUCCAUCAACAAAAAACAACCGCUGUUAAAGGAUUAGAAUAAAUUUUAAUUAAAUUUUUGCAUUUUCGACAUUACCUGUAAAUCACGUUUAGCUCAUUACCAAAAACCAGCUGUUCUUUAUCGUCUGAGAUAUCAGUGAAUCGCAUAGCUUACAGCUUUUAUUCAUUUCUGGAUUAACGUCGAAUUAAAGUAAUGGUAUGGUGUACCGCUUCCGUACGAAGCGAUACAUUUUAUUUUUUAGUUUUCCAUAAUGAAAAUGACAGCUCAGUAUAGGCCAUAUCGCAACGAAGACGGUAUGGAAGCUGAACAAGUUACGUGGGGUGAUCAAGAGGUCGGAGAUGUGGAGAUAUAUCAGAGAACUACCGAAGAAAUCAGAGUUUCCAAUAGAAAUCUCGUUGUGGCUGGGAUUGGUAUUGGAUUAAUAAGUGCUCUGCUUGGUUUAAUUAUCGGCUAUUUUGCGCAUUCCGAACAUAGCCAGUGCAUUCCUAGUUUGUCAGUAGCGUUACAUUCAGUUCAAGAGGCCAACCCUUAUGUGAGAAGAAAAAUUUCACAAAUGAUUAGUAGUGAAGAAAUAAAAAAUUUUAUUAAAGAUUACAGUCGUGAACCACACAUAGCUGGCAGCUCAACGGAUCGUCAUUUCGCUCUGAAUAUUAAAUCUGAUUGGUUGAAACAUUCCAUGGAUUCUGCAGAUAUCGUCGAAUACAAUGUUUUGUUAAGCUAUCCUGAUAAGGAAAAACCCAAUGUUGUUAAAAUAAUUGACAACCUCAAUAGAGACGUGGUGAAAAUCGAAUCUCAUGGAAAGAAGACCCUCAACCCAGCGUUUAGUGCGUAUUCCUUGCCCGGCAACGCUACGGGAAACCUGGUCUACAUCAAUUACGGACAAACUUCUGAUUUUACUUAUUUAAAAUCUCUUGGAAUUCCUAUUGAGGGUAAAAUUUUAAUUGCUAGACACUGGAAAUUGCCAGCAGAUGAAAUAGUCUGGAAUGCGCAGCAGUUUAAAGCCGCCGGUUUGAUACUGUAUCCCGACCCGGAUAAAUAUAAUCCUCCCAUUCUGCAUUCCGACUCGUAUCCUAAAACUUGGUGGCUGCCUUCCAAUGCUGCUAGAACGGAUUCAAUUCUAUGGAAUGGCGCCGGGGAUCCUCUGACGCCAGGAUAUCCGGCUCGCCACGAUGCAAACCGACUCUCCAUUUCUUCAGCUCUCUUGCCAGCCCUUAUUGUUCAACCUAUUAGUUAUGACAAUGCAUACAUUUUGCUGAGCUCACUGGCGGGUCCGGAUGCCCCGAAAGAAUGGCAGGGUGGUUUCAAUUUCACGUAUAAACUGGGUGGAUCUUUCAAAGAUUCUGCUUGGAAGAUUCAACUUCAAGUCUAUAAUCAGUACGUGAAUAAAACAAUUUAUAAUGUUAUCGGCACCAUUCGUGGUAAAACCGAACCAGACCGGUAUGUGAUCAUAGGCGGGCAUCGAGACGCUUGGUCUUACGGCGCUGUAGAUGCUGCAGGUGGUACGGCAGCUUUGUUGGAACUUUCGAGAGUGUAUGGACGCCUGCUCAAAGAAGGCUGGCGGCCUAGGAGGACUAUUAUGUUUUGUAGCUGGGGUGCGGAAGAACACAAUUUAAUUGGCUCUACAGAAUGGCUAGAAGAUAACCUCAAACUCCUCCACGGUCGAGCUGUAGCUUAUAUAAAUGCCGAUAUAUUAGUUGCGGGUAACGCAUCGCUACGAGCCGUAGCAUCUCCGCUACUCUACAAUGCCAUUUUUAAUGCAACAAAGGAGGUUUUAAAUCCAAACGAACUAGACCGUGCUGAAGGCAUGAAAACUGUUUAUGACGCCUGGCUGAUGAGUUUUCCGCACAAGAGAAAUAGGUCUGAUCUGUUAUAUCCUAAUUAUGCACGGCCCAUAAUGCAUCUGCCGUCAGACAGCUUGGAAGAUAUCAUUUCUAAAACAAAAGUGGAUAGCAACUCCAGUUUGUUAGAUAGUUAUUUGAAAGAUUCCAUGCAGUUAGUAAGGCCUAAAAUUCGAGAAAUGGAUAUGAGGGGAAAUUACGCUCCGUUUUUUGUCCACGCCGGCAUCCCCGCUUUAGAUGUAUCUUUCGUUCACGACUCGACCAUGUCCAGCUCUUCUUAUCCACUGCACCACACGGAGUAUGACAAUUUUGAGUUUGUCAAAAAUUUAAUCGAUCCAUCUUUUAAAUACCAUGCCACUGUGACCAAGAUAUUGGGCGAGCUUCUCCGAGAUCUCGCCGACUCCCUCUUCUUGCCCUUUAAUUUAUUCGAUUACGCCCAAAUAUUGCAAGAUUUCUUUCUAAACCUCAAUUCUAGAAUGAGGAGGGGUAUGGAAGAGCAUGCCAUCAACCUGAACCAUCUAGAAUCGGCCAUAAAAAACUUUUCGAGCGCGGCUCUCAAGUUCCAUUCAAUGCAGGAGACCGUCGAUUUAUCUGAUCCCAUGACUGUCCGCCGCAUCAACGAUCAGCUUCUUCUGCUCGAAAGAGCUUUUCUAGAUCAAAACGGCUUGCCUCGAAAUAUUUACAAGAAACACAUCAUCAUGUCCCCCAGUGAAAGUUAUUUGUCCGGUAUAUUUCCUGGUCUCUUAGAUGAAUUCUCAAACCUCGAACAGUAUCCGCAGGAUUCCGAAUCAUCAGAGCUGAUUAAAGCUCAUUUUUCUGUUUUAGUCUUCACUAUACAAUCAGCUGCUAAAAUAAUAGAAAGUGUAUAAUCAUUAUUUGUUAAAGCUUUUAUGGAUGAACGUACUUAUUCCGACACUUAAUUAACUGUGUUAAUUCCUCGCUCCUGGCUUUAACCUCUACGUUGUGUUCGAUUUACGAAGACCCUGAAUUGAAAGUCUUAUUAAUGAGUUUUCUUAGUAUGAUUCUUUGAAAUGUGUUUGCUCUGACAAGUGAUCUUUUUUAAACAAGUAACUCUCGAGUGUUAAUAAUAUAUCUGUGUACAAUUAUUGAUUUUUUUUAAUCUUUACCUUGAAAAGUUGCCCAGUUAAAAGCCUUUUAAUUGAAAAAUUUUAAAGAAAAGAAAUUUUGUUUCUUUGAAAUGUGUUUGCUCUUGCAAGUAAUCUUUUUUAAGCAAGUAAUUCUCAUGUGUUGAUAAUAUAUAUAUGUAACAAUUAUUGUUUCAUUUUUACUGUGAAAAGUUACCUAGUUGAAUACCUUUUAAUUGAAAAAUUUAAGGGAAAGAAACUGAUUAUGCCAUCAAAAGUUAUUGGAUUAUGCUUUUUCUAUUUAGGUAUUUUUUUCUGAUACUUUAAAUAUUUAUUAGUUAAUGUUUAUUAAAAUUGUUCCCAAACGGGGUACCGAGGGCACCGUGGAUUAGUUAAAGGGAGUUCGUGCUUUUUAUAACCAGUGAUGAUUUUUGAAAGCUUAGAUUAUAAUUAGAUCCAACAUGUAUUUCAUAAUUUAUUUAAUCCUUUGGUUGCCUUUAUGAAAUUAUUUCGAGUAAAAUUUCUAAGAAAUAAAAAUGCCAUUUUUUAAAAACAAAAUAAAACAUUUGUAAUGAUAUCUUGAACAAAAUAUUGCAUUAGUAUUUCCACUUGCAUUUUUCAAAUCGAAAUAAAAUAACUUAUGUCUUUAAUAAGGAAAUAUGUUUCCUUAAUAACCGUUUUCAACCAAGUUAAUUUAAGUUUUCAUUUCGAAGUAAAGCGUAAUUUGUCUUACUUUAUUAAUUUGCAGCUCAGGUGUCUGUUUAGAAGAAAUUUGGGUCCGUUAACGGACCCUUCACAAAAUAAUUUAUUUUUAAAUCGGACCCUUCACAAAUUGUACCAUGUAAUUGACAAAUGUAAACGGAACUAAAUUUUGUCUUCGGCAGACGCUUCUUUAUUUAUUCAUCCGAAAUUAAUAUUCUGCGUACAGCAGUAUUGGCUAAAUACCAAAUAUUUGUAUGUUGCAUCGCUAAUUUAGUAGCUGCAUUUGCUGUUUAUUUUUUAAAAUGUAAUUUUUUUAAAUUAUGAUUUUACAGUGUUGAUCAUUAUCUUGUUAUGUCUUUACAAUUGAAAAAAACCUUGAGAAAGUUUGUUUGCAGUAACGGACCCUAUUUUCACAAAUUCACAAAAGCGGACCCUGGUUGAAAGAAUCAGACUUAACGUUAUUUUAUAUUCAUAAAUUACGAGUAAUUUUUUUCACAAUUUUACAAAAACGGCCUUUUCAUAAAAUGUCUGGACAGACAUUUUAGCUAAUUUAUAUAUAUUUAUAUAUUUAGCUGCAGCUAAUGUAAAUUAACCAAAUUAA